AUGUCCAGAUCGAACUCGAUACCCAGAUCAAGUGCUAGCCCUCGUAUUCCUGAUCCACCAUUGGUAUUAACUAUUUCAACGCAGUUCCCAGAUGCUGAAGAUCAAAUGAGAACCUCUGAAUUCCUAGAUGCAACCACAGCGAUCGUUGGUUUGGCAGAGAGAUUCGGAAAAGUGUUUUCUUUCGUCACAUACGAUAUGAACACGAAUAUUCAGAAACUUCGCCUCAAAUAUGAGGAAAACAAAGAGAACAACGGCUUUCUGACGGACAUGAUUUUGAAGGAGCAACAUGAAGGGGAAGUCACGGCUACCGAUGCUCUUAUGUGGUUAAGAAGAGAGCUGCAUUUUUUGUCGAACUUUUUUCAAUGUGUCAUAGAUGAUACAUUCAGCCAUCGUAGUAGCAGUGAUCUAACGCCGUUUUUCAGUAAGGCCUACACGGAAACAUUAGAACAAUAUCAUGGCUGGUUAGGCAGCCAGUUGUUGAAUGUGUUGUCCCGUUUCGCACCCUGUAGAAGCAGUUUUUUGUCCGUUUUGGGACAAAACCGAGAUGGUGCCAUUGUUACAGACAUGCACAGUUACAAUCAGAAAUUGACUGCUUGCGUUAGAUGGUUGACGGAGUUUUAUUCUGUGCAUGGGUUGGAGACUUUUGCCACUGUAAUUUUGAUAUAG